CACUGAAUUGAAAAGAAAAGAGUUGACCAAAAAAAGAGUGAAGAAGACGCAGUCGCUUCACUGAAGUUGGGUUUCUUCCACGGAACAGUGUCGGAAUCCAUUGCUAUGUCUCUUCAUUUCCAGGUUUUUCCAUCUGGGCAAAAAAAGAAAGAAAUUUACGAUGACAUUGUAGUUACAGUUAUACUCUCUCCAUAGCAAAUCUGUAAGCUCCUCAAUCCAUCGAUGCUUCGUCUAAACACCUUCUUGUAUCUGUUUCUGGGUUUUGUCUCCAUCCAUCUAAUGGAGACUGCGUCUGUAUGAGAGAAAAAAAGUCAGUUCCUUUGCUGUUUUGAGUGAUCCGAGCUGCAAUGAGAAUACUCAGUCGAUUGGAGAGAUUUGACAUCCGCAGAUUGCUGUCGGGCAUGAUCGUUACCGUUGGUUUAAUUGUUCUACUUGUUCUGUGUUUCGGUAUCCCCUGUCGCAAUGCUUUUUGCUCGUCUCCGGUUAAGGUUUCAGGAAUUGUAGCUAAUCCCAGCGAAGUGGUUAAAACAAAGAUGAAUCACUCUAGUGAGUAUGAAGAGGGGACAAGAAACAAUGAUUCCUCUAGAGAAAAUGUUGUUGCAAUCAGCAAUGUAAAAGUAGAGCUUAAUGCAUCUCUUAUCCCUUCACCAAAUGUAUCACUGGGGAAGCCUGAAAUGGCGGUUGAUAGUUCGGUUUUGGUUAGGAGUAAUGAUGAUAGUAGAGAAAGUAAUGUUUUGCCUAUUAUGAGAAGACAUAAGCAAGUGGCUGCUACAGUCUCGAUAUCUCAGAUGAACUCAUUGCUGAUCCAAAGUCUCCCUUCUUCUCAUUCCCCUAAGCCUCGUUGGUCAUCUGCUCGAGACUCUGAAAUGCUCUCUGCCAAAUCCGAGAUUGAGAAUGCUUCUGUUGUUCAUGAGUCUCUUGGACUCGAUGCUUCCAUUUAUCGAAAUAUCUCCAAGUUCCUAAGGAGUUACGACUUGAUGGAGAGGAAACUUAGAGUUUAUGUGUAUAAGGAAGGAAAGAAACCUAUAUUCCAUAGGCCAAUGCCUCGAGGAAUUUACGCUUCAGAAGGUUGGUUCAUGAAACUCAUGGAAAGCAACAAGAAGUUUCUCGUAAAAGACCCGAGGAAGGCUCAUUUGUUCUACAUACCUGUCAGCAUUAAAGCUCUCAGGACCUCUCUGGGACAGGACUUUCAGACACCAAAGAGUCUUGCAGACCAUCUGAAGGAAUAUGUGGAUUUGAUAGCAGCAAAGUACAAGUUCUGGAACCGAACUGCUGGAGCCGAUCACUUUCUUGUUGCUUGCCAUGAUUGGGGCAACAAACUUACAAAGAAGCACAUGAGUAACAGUGUCCGAGCACUUUGCAACUCAAAUGUUGCACAAGGCUUCAGAAUCGGGAUCGACACAGCUCUACCGGUCACGUAUAUACGCUCUGCCGAGUCGCCUAUUGAGUACCGAGGAGGCAAAACUCCAUCAGAGAGGAAGAUUCUUGCAUUCUUUGCUGGAAGCAUGCAUGGAUAUCUCCGACCGAUCCUCGUGCAGCUCUGGGAGAACAAAUCACCCGACAUGAAGAUCCUCGGCCCAAUGCCUCGUGACCCUCAAGGCAAGAAACAGUACCGUGAAUACAUGAAGAGCAGCAGGUACUGUAUAUGUGCAAGGGGUUAUGAAGUGCAUACUCCAAGGGUUGUGGAAGCUAUAGUCAACGAAUGUGUUCCGGUUAUCAUUGCUGACAACUACGUGCCUCCCUUUUUCGAGGUUCUGAAUUGGGAGGAAUUCGCGGUGUUUGUAGAGGAGAAAGACAUACAGAAUUUGAGGAACAUUCUGGUGUCUAUACCUGAAGAGAGAUAUAUUGACAUGCAAGCUAGGGUAAAGACGGUUCAGCAACAUUUCCUGUGGCACAAGAAACCUGUCAAGUUUGAUCUCUUUCAUAUGAUUUUGCAUUCUGUUUGGCACAGCCGAAUUAACAGAAUUAAAACCAAGUCAAGGCAUUGACUAGAAUGUAUGUAUGCAUGUAAGAUAUCUUGUAAGGGCUUGUUACAACGUUUCUUUUGUAACGUU